AUGUCCCUGGAGCUCUACAUGGACCUGCUGUCCGCCCCGUGUCGCGCCGUCUACAUCUUCGCCAGGAAGAACGGCAUCCCCUUCGACUUCCAGUUUGUGGACCUGCUGAAAGGUCACCACCACAGCAGGGAAUACAUCAAGAUCAACCCCCUGCGGAAGCUGCCCAGCCUCAAAGAUGGGAAAUUUGUCUUAUCCGAAAGCGUGGCCAUCCUUUUCUACCUGUGCCGCAAGUACAGCGCACCCUCGCACUGGUACCCGCCAGACCUGCACACGCGAGCACGCAUAGACGAGUUCAUGGCCUGGCAGCACACGGCCAUUCAACUGCCCAUGAACAAGAUACUCUGGAUCAAGUUGCUGAUCCCGAUGAUCACAGGGGAGGAGGUUCCAGCUGAGAAGACAGAGCAGAUGCUGGAAGAGGUGAAGAAGAGCCUGCACCUCUUCGAGGAGAAGUUUCUGCAGGACAGGAUGUUCAUCACGGGGGACCAAAUAUCCCUGGCGGACCUGGUGGCCCUGGUGGAGAUGAUGCAGCCCAUGGCAAGCAACCAUAACAUCUUCCUCAACAGCGCCAAGCUGGCUGAGUGGCGCAUGCGCGUGGAGCUGAGCAUCGGCUCUGGCCUCUUCUGGGAGGCCCACGAGCGGCUGAUGAAGUUGACAGAAUGGGACUGUUCCACUUUGGAUCCAGUGGUCAAGGAGAGGAUCUGUGAGUUUCUGCAGAAGUACAAGUGA